AUGUCUGGAAAACGUCCGUUACCAUCACCUUCUACUUCUGGUACUGCUAGGAAGAAUGUGCGUUCUACUGACCCUAAAGAAGGUCUUUCCGACAUUGAAAGGGCUCGUAAAAUGCAAGAAUUUAUGUCCGAGGUUUCUUCUCUGCGCAAAACCAUCCCACCCGAUGAGGGGUCCCACUUGUCUCUUCAAAGCAAAGUAUCAUACAAGGAGAAUGAAGACACGUAUACGCGAUUUAUUGGUGAUAUUAAUCUGAUGAGAGAAUACGAGGACCCACCUCAGCCUCCAUUAGAAUCGUUUACUCAAUUUUCUUUCAAUAUCGAUAUGUUGAAAAACUAUAUUAUCUCUCGUUCCUUGUUAGAAGUAGAGCGAGUAGAGAAUAAGAUGCAACUGGGAACAAUGAUCCGAGAGACUACUCAUCUGGUGAAGAUUGCUCAAAGAAAAAACCCUAAGCUUCAAUUAGAGGAAAACUUUACAAGACAAUUGCACAACUAUAUGUAUCGAAUGUCUACCGUAGGCUACUUUGGGCGCAAAGAACCCCGAGCUGUCUUUGGACGACAAGAACUCUUAAUUAUCGUCAACAAUUUAAUGAAAUAUGCUCCUAUUUCAGGAAACAUCAACUUUGAAUACCAGAUAAUUAUAUACUUUCUAAUAAUUAUGUACACCGGCAUACGUCCAUCCAGCUUAACCAUGUCCGUUAAACAUACAGAGGCUAAAUACUUGCAAUGGAAGCAUGUUAGUAUUUGGAGAGGUGAAAGAGACGACGAUGGUUUUAAGAUCCAUGUGGUUAUCCAAAUUCCACAUUUGAAAGGAAGAGGAAAUUAUUUUACAGAAUCAAACCGCCCAUUUAGAAAGACAUUUACGUCAACUAUCAGCCCAGAUAUUCCGUACGAAAGAAAUUUGGACGUCGCCGUGUUCAUUUGUGCAUUGGCUUUUAGAAGAAGGAUUACAACUGUGGCUACACCGCAGGAGUGGUACGAGUCGAACGCAGUCUUGUUGCAGCUGAAGGAGUCUUGUGCGGAAACCCCCGUUUUCGUGAAGAGCUCAUUAUUUUAUUUUAGUGACCAAGAAAAUGAGAAUGCCCAACCUUUAACCAGUGAUAGUGCUGAACACAUUGCUUCUAGAGCAAUUCGCAACGCUGGGAUGAAUAUUCAAGGCACGCUGUAUUCAUUCAGAAGAAAUUUCGCUCAAAUCAUCAAUGAUAAUCUAUCAAACUCCACUGCACCAACAUUAAUGGUUCAAACACCAUCUUCAUUAAACUUAAAAAAAGCUUAUGCAGGACGCUUUGAACAAAUUGAUAUGACAAGACUAGUUACAACUGGCGAAGCCACUCAAAGUCCUACAAUAGAUCCAAUGAUGAGCCCAGCUGCCUUUCAUAUCAAAGAUAUCAGCAGGUAUUACCUAACUGAAGAAGAGGAACGCGAUGACGUUGAUACAGACGAAAGAGUUCAACAUACUUUUAACACAAAAGAAACAUUUGUCAAGAACCUCAUGAAGAAGUAUGGCUCAAAAGCACGUAAGCAUUGGUCCAAACAAGAAAAGCAAGAUUUAGAGGAGCAUAACCGAAAAUACGAACAAGCAAGAAGAGUUGUAUUUGUUCGCUUAACCAGAGUUAAGUUACUUCGUUUGUAUGGUCAAGUAAAUCAAGCUCUGAGACUGAAUGAUCAAGGGGUUCGGUACCUUGAUGAAGAAUCCAUCGAUAUCCCUAAAAGACCUUUACCAAAUCCAGCCGAAUCAAUCACCGACGAAGAAGAUGUCGAGGAGGAGUCUGAAGGUUCCAGAUCUGAUGAUCAGGCUAGCAGUGAUCAUGAAGAUGCCGGUGAUGAUGAAGACAAAGAGGAAGUCAAUACUGAAGGUGAAGAGGAACAAAACAACGAUGAUGUUGAGUUGUUUGAAGGUGAAGAUGAAUGGGAAGAGUACGUUUAUCAGGGGCAAGAAAGCGACUCUGAGAAGGAAGAAGAAGAAUUGACUUUAGAAGAAGACCAAGUAUCCGACUAUAUCAUCAGUAGCCAAGAAAGAACGCAGGAGCCCCCAAAUGAACUUGAGGUGAAUGACAAUGAGAAAGCUGGUGACAGGUUGAGGGAUAGACGAUAUUUGAAUCUCAUCGAGCUAGUCAAUCUGCAUUUGAGGCCUACAGGAAAGAGUCAGUGCCAAUGGUGUGUUGAGCAAAACUUUCACGGUAGAGAUUUUUCGGGUUAUUCAGAUUUGGUAAUACAUCUGUAUGAAGGUUUGAUUUCGAGGUAUUCUUGGGUUGGUCGACGAGUCUCCGGAAGGCAUGCAAAUUCGGAAAGGUGGUUUCGGGCACAUCUACCAGUGCAGCGCAAGGACAGGCUGGUUUGUUCUGUAGAAAACUGUGACUAUUCAGUCAAAACAAAGCAGCAAAUGGUCAAACACAUACGAGAAAAACACUUGGAGGUUUUGAUGAAGAAAAAAAUCAUUGUUGACGCCUCCCCCGUUGAAUCCGCACAAUUAGUACAGGACUACUUACAAGAGCAUUACCAGUACACGAUGCCCGACGAAGAAAGAGAUAAACUCCACCAAAAAAACGACGAGCGAAGAAUAAUUUAUGUAAGACGACGAGCCGCGGAAAAAGGCAAAGACACAACGAAGGACAACGGUAAAGGCAAAGGUUCCACAAGGAAGAAGGUAAAGGGAAAGGACAGUCAAGAGGGAAAGGCUCAAAGCGGUAUCAAGACUAGGGCUCAGACCAGAUCUAGUAACGUUAAGAGCAAGGGCAAAGAGAAGAGUUAA